AUGAAAACACAUAAAUCAAAAAUACGCAAACCUCAGGCCAUAUCGAAAUGGUUGUGCAGUAAUGUGGGUUUCGCUUGCAGUCAUGUAAUGAAGGGCUAUGGUCUGGGUUUAGCCAUAGCAUGUGGCAAUGAAUCGGAGGUCGGACUAAUGGCUCGCCUAAGCAUGGAACAGCGUCCCCAAAGUAGGGUGAGAAAACAUAUGAAUCAGAUCACCUACUGCACUGCAGUUGUGGCAAUUUUGCUAUUCUUUAUUUUUAUAUGCACCAUUUCGACACCGGAUCUGGCAUAUAAACAUUCCUUUCGUUUCAAUUUGGGCCUUAUGAUUGCCAUAAUACCUUUAUUUUUGCCCACUGUUACAUACUUUGGCAUGGUUCAUAUUGCCAAUCGAAUGCUAAAGAGCAAUUGUCAUAUAAGAAAUUUAGAAUCCACCAGCACAUUGGGCUUGACCACAGUCAUUUGCUCGGAUUUGAUAGGCACUUUGACUAUGAAUCGUAUGCGCGUUUCGGAAAUAUUUGUCGAUGCAGAUCUCCAUAGAGCCAGCGAUAUAAAACGAAAUAACAUAGGGGCACGUUGCCUUGAAUUGAUACGUGUGUCUGUGUUAUGUAAUGAUGCGGUUAUAAGUCCUGGAACAGAAGGGGUACCCAAAUUAAAGAAGGCCUUGUAUGGCAGUGCCGAUGAUGUAGCUUUUCUUAAAUUCGCUUUACCCAUCAUAGAUGAUAUUGAUCAAUUGCGUCGUGAUCAUGUCCUGGUUGCAAAUAAAUGUUACAAUGUCUUUGAUCAGAUUCAUGUGACCGUGCACAAGACUUAUAAUGAGGAAGGAGCCAUUAAGUAUAUAUUGCUCAUGAAGGGAAGAUAUAGAGCUGUGCUCAAUUAUUGUAGCACUUACGCCAUAAAUGAUGAAGAAAUUCUGCUAGAUGACGAUCUGUUCUAUUCCAUUGAUGAUGUAGCUUUUCAAUUGGCACAGGCUGGCCGACGUGUCUGUGCCUUUGCCUACAAAGAGCUGGACAGCGAGAUGGAAUAUCAGCGUGUAUCCAGCUAUUCUGGCACUGAGACAUAUGAGACAACAAAUACAAAGGUCUUUAAAGAUUAUCUUAAAAUCAAUAUCUUUUCAUUAAGAUUUAUAGGACUCAUUGCUGCCCAUGAUCCACCUAGAGCUCAAUUGUCUACAGCUGUAAACGAUUGUCGUUCGGCGGGCAUUAAGUUAGUUUUAUGCACACGUCAGAAUGCCAUCGUGGCCCAGGAUAUUGCCAGAGAUGUGGGCAUAAUUGGUCCAGACAGUGAGACACUGGAAGAUGUCGCCCAGCGUCUCAAUAUCGAUAAGUCUCAGGUGAAACGUAGUCUUGUCACUGCCGCUGUCAUCAAUAUGCGUGAUUAUGUCCAAGAGAAGAUGCAUCAUCAACGUUUUCAUAUCCAACAGUUGCUGUUGGCUCACAUUGAUUUGGUUUUUGCGGCAACCACAACCGCUCAACGGCAUUUGAUUGUCGAUGUAUGUCAGAAUUUGGGCGCCAUUGUCACAGUCAUUGGCACGGGUGUCUAUUAUACUCCGGCCAUAAGGCGUGCCAAUGUGGGCGUGGCCAAGGCUGAUUCCACAUACACAAGUGUAUCGUGCUCGGAUAUGGUAUUGCUGGAUAGCAAUUUUGUCUCAUUGGUCAAUGCCAUCGAAAUGAGUCGUCGCAUGUAUGAGAAUUUGAAAAAAGUCAUUACCUAUUGCCUAUCCACAAACAUUACCAUAAUUCUAGUUCAUCUCUCAUUUAUCGUAUUCAAAGUGCCAUGUCAUAUACAUAUCACGGUUGUCUUUAUUAUCGCUUUGCUAGUCAAUAUGCUCCCUAGCCUCAGUUUGUUCUAUGAGAAAGCCGAGGAGAAUUUAAUGAGACAAAAGCCCAAAAUUUAUGAUGAUUUUAUCAUUAAUCGACGUAUAAUAAUGGUGGCUUUUGUAAUUGUGGGAUCCAUUGAGGCAGGAGCUGUCUUUCUUAUAUACUUUAUCUAUAUGGCUGAAAAUGGAUUCUUACCGCGCACUUUGAUGGGUCUCAGCUUGCAAUGGUUUAAUGAUGCAAAUAAUGAUAUUAUCGAUAGUUAUGGACAGGAGUGGACUUCAGAUGCUCGUUUUCAUUUGCUAAAUGAAAUGUCUACCAUAUCACUUAUGACACUUAUUCUUAUGCAAUGCACAAAUUUGAUUUUAUGCAAAACUGGAAGAGCUAAUGUCUUAUAUCAUGGUUUUUCAAAUAUUUUGCUCAAUAUAUCUGUCAUAUAUUUAUUGAUAUUUUGCUUUGUUUUGCAAUUUAUUGAUUUGCGGGAUUUGUUGCAUCUGGUGCCAAUUAAGAAUGUGAAGACCUUCAUUUUUUAAUUAUUCAAUUAGACGUUACCUUAUAAGACAAUUUUCAGGCAGUUGGUUGGAAUUGACGACCCUAUAUUAAAGAGAUUAAAAAUGUUCAAAUUUA